AUGGUUAAACCAAAGUACGAUCCUCCCACAAACACUUUUCCGUACAAAAUAUCUAGAAGACUGAACAUUUUAAGUAUACCAAGGAAAUAUAUUAUUGAUACGGGAGAAGGUAUGCCUGCUAUAAAUCCUAGAGGAAUCAGGAAAUCAGCUUUGAACGGCCAAAUAUCUGAUAGAGUGAAUGACGCCGCUUGGCCAUAUUUAAGACGAUUCUUGAUUAUAAAACGAAUGUACAAACAUCGGUUCAGUCCUGAACGUAUGGAGAGAAUCGAUCGUAUGAUUGAAGCUGCCAAUGCUACUUGCUAUUCAAAGCUAGCGAACUGCGUUUUGGAUCUUAAAAAACAAGAUACAAAAGAGGUUAAGAAGAAAAAAGGUUGGUCUGAGAGCGAAUGGAAGAAACACAUGGACUAUAUUAGCCAAAUAGCUGGACCCAGAAGAGAUUUUAAACCGCCUCCUAUAAAGAGAGGUAUUGGCAAACCAUUGGAACAGUUACUGCCAAGAAUCAACGAAAUCUGUCACUUCCCAGAAUUCAAAAUAUAUAGAAGAUUGUCAAAGGAAGAAUGGUAUAGAAAUCCUGAAAAGGUUGCACCGGGCGCACUUAAAUACGUAAUAUCUGAUAGAGUUAAGAAGCUAGCUGCUCCGAGAGUUAUACCACAGCAUUACUAA